AUGGCUUUCUCAGUCCUUCAUAUGAUGAUGGCGAUAGGACUGUUUACUUUGAUUCUUCCCUGCCAUGCUGAUGAUGAGCCAUCAGUCUCGAACCCAAAAUCAGACACAGGAUUACCAACAUUCUUAAGUACCCUGGGUACUGGAAUCCUUGAAUCUGCAAUGGACUACCUUCUCUCCUCAAUGAGCCGGAGAUCUGGAUUUUCAGAAUUGGACAAUAAACCAGAAAAGUCUCCAGAAAAGUGA